AUGUGGAAGCCGGCCGAAGUCCUUCCACAGCACAAGCGCCGGGCAGUCACGCUAUUUAUUACUUUGAUUGUGGCGAUCUUGGCAUAUUCGGGGCUCCUCGUUUACAAUGCGGUGAAGAAGAGCAAGAAUCCGAGUACAUCGUUCGUGCUUUCGAACAACGUUUACAGGUACCCAGACACCUACGUGUGUUUGUACAACUUUUUCGGUUGCGACGACAUGGCCUUGGAGGAAUUCUGCGCGUCUUCCGUCUUCGACACGGAAGGGGGCAGCAGCACAGCGGUGUUCAACCCCGGCGGGGACCUGGAGCAAGAAAUUGCCACCACUGCGUACUUGACCGAUGAAAGGGGCUGGUGCGUUUCCUUCGAGACUUCCGCUGUGGACAUCGUAGACGGCGAGCGAGACCCGGAGGACUACAUCCUCCUAAACAUGUAUUGGUAUCCGGGCGGGACCGCGAACGCUUCGACGACGUGCAUUUCUGAGGAGGGCGAGUGGGAAUCUCACAGCGAGAGCGUGUUCAUGUUUUUGCGAGACUCGGACACGGGCAUCCUGUCGGCCGGCAUCCAAGUCGCCUACAGCUGCAUGACCAGCGAGUCCAGCAGCCACGUCUUCACCUACAUGGGGAUAGGACUUACCAAGGAGGAUAAGCUCUACGAAGACGACACCGCCUCGUACAAGGCUCUGGAGACAUCGUCAGCUAUCUACAAAGACAAGAGGACCGACAACAUCACCGGAAUUGCGAGCCCUUACGCGUGGUUGUCUAUGGAGAUAGCGCAGACAACAGACUCUCUAGAAGAGAUCACGGAGAUCAACCCUCUCGAGAUCGCCGAGUUGUUCGGCAACGUUGGCGGGUUCUGGGACUUGCUACUCAUGUUGUGGCCAAUAUUUUUCAUCUCCGCAUCGCGCCAAGACCCGCACCUCAAAGUCCGAAACUUCAAGAAAUCCGUGACCAGGGGGUCCGAGGUUGUGGUCGAUUUGUCAAGGCGAGUCAACAGCGCUAGCAUAGAAAUCCCGCAUCCCCUGAGGAGACAGCCCGGCAGCAGGCAAAGCAACGCUACUGGCGAGGAUGGGGAGCCCCCACCAGCCUGGGAAACGGGGGGGACGCUGCCAGCAUACGCACAGCAGGACCGCGAGAUUGUCCCGCCCUCUUCGAACCGGAGGGAUGGGUCUCCUCCAGCCACCGCCGAACCACCGCCCGAGUCAUCGGCAAGAUCGAUGAGCCCCGGCGCGAGCGCAAGUAUGACUCCAAGCGCUUGUUUGGGUCAAUCAGAGACGCGCCUGCUAAAGGAUAGUCCCAGGCGCACAUCGCCGGGCUCUUUGUCGUCCGCAGCAACGGUACCGGGAGUUGGCGUCUUCGGCUGGAGCGGCGGCGGCCGUGGGGGCGGCAGCGGUGGUCGAAAACUGAGCGGGGAUGUAGGCAGUGCUCCGUUGACUUACUAG